AAGUCGCCCUGGUCGAGCAUUGGCGUCGAUAAAGCGACGCUAAAGCCGCGGUUUACACGAAUUAUCAUUUUUCUGCGUUAACGAAUCCGCGCGUAGAUUUCUUCGCGACCUAAAAAUAAAUUAUUUUAUUAUCUAUUCGCUCUGUCUUUCCAACGGGAAUGCAGUGUUCCGCGUUCACUGAACUCGCCGCGUUUGUUUCAAAGUGGACGGUCAUGAAAUUCGACGGGCGAUUCAGUGUAAAAUUUUGCAACCACGUAAAAAUAUAUUUCGAUUUCGAGACUUAAAAACUCCAAUUUAUUUCACCUUGAGCACGAGAGUUUCUCCCUGCGUGAUACUUUGUCGUCCUUUCUUCCUACUGAAAAUAUGACCCUUGGAACGUCCAAGGAGGCUUUUUUAUUCGAUAUAAAAACCCCAGUUUUAUGAGCUAACCCCAUUGUGCGCCGCUUUUCGAUUUUCUAAAUAUUCUUAACGCACCGCGCGUCGCGACGUCCCGUUCGCGCGGCAAAUCCUCGCGAUUUGUCGGCAGAAAAAAAAAGCGGCGAAAUAAAUUCGCCCGAAAGCCGGCUAGUUUCGUAUCGCAAGACCGGUUCUUUUUUUUCCGACCUUUCGUCGACGACGCGAGAAAAGGACACGUAUGCUGCGCGUAUCGCCACGUGCAUUACACGCGUGGACAUUCACAGGGACAGUGCAGUCCCUCCCCCUCCUCUUUACAGACAAGGGAGAGGAGAGGAAAAAAAAAGGAGAGAUUCGGGGAACACGAGGGAGGAAGGAAGAGCGACGACGCGACGGUCGGGCGCGCGGGAGUCGGAGGGACCGAGACAGGUUCGACGAAGAGAGCGAGAGAGCGCGUGGUUGCUCCGAAGCCCUAUACCCGUCGGUCGAAAGAGAGCUCGGUGCUCAGUGCUACGAUGGUCACCAAGCGGACAGGUCGCAGCCUCUCUCAGCCUCCUCCGCUGCGGUCCACACGCCGGUCCUCGUCCGCCUCUCGUCCGCACACGGUCGUUCGUCCGACUGUCAGGCGCGCGUCUCGCUUAAUCGCGCCUAAUUAAGACGAGCCCGCGUCUAUCCGGAGCUCCGCGAGUGCAGUGCGCGCGACGCACUGUCAUUGACCGUCUGCGGCCCGCGCGCCCGCCGUAAAUCAUCGGGGCUCUCACCCGGCCGCGGCGAAGAUAGGAGAGAGAUACUGUCGCGUAAUUGUGUCACGGUUGGAUGUACGGAUUUAUUUUCGUCCGCGGUAGAGACUCGCCGUCUCUUUUCGCCAUCGUCGCCGUCGCCGUCGAUGACUCGCCGGAGUCAUCGUCGGAAUCGUCGUCAUCGCCUCGUCGACUCUCCUAUCGCGGAGAUACGAUUAUCGGCUAUUCGCAGGCCUGACGCGCGCGAAAGCGGUCUCGAGAUAGAGCGCUUUAUCGAGGCGACCCUAAGAGCCCAUCAGUGAGUGCGCUCCGAUGAGAUCAAAGGACCGAUAAGCGAGGCUAGAAAGCGGAUGAAUGGGAAGGAAUAUCGCGCGCGCCGACGGAAGAGACGCGUGCCGCUGUAAAAAGAUCGGAGCGCGUGUGCUCCUCUUCGUAGACGCCGGCGAGGAAGGUUCGCACGUGCUUCAGCCUCCCACCUUUCCGUGCGAAGCACGUGCUCGCCGCCAGGAGACUUCUUUCCGCACGACGUAAGAUUCAAGACGCGGGACUGUCGUUACUGUUGCGGUUUACAGUGUUACCCGCGCGUUCAUUGGAAAUAUGGACGCCAAGGCACUGACGAGAGAUAAGAUCCUCCAGGUAACAACGAUACCGGACGAGGGCGAGGACAAUUUUAAAAUGCCCAGGGCUUCCGUGGUACACAUGACGUCGACGGCGACGAGGCCGCAUCACAUGUCACAAGUACUGGCGACCCUGGCACUGUCUAUGGGGACUCUCUCCUCCGGCUUGGCCAAGGGUUACACCUCGCCCGCGUUAGACUCCAUAUUGGAUAAUCAACCGCCCCAUCUUUAUCAAUCGGCCAACAAUGACACGUGGUUGGCCUUUUCGGUUACGCAACAAGAAGCCUCGUGGGUCGCGUCGCUGUCCAUGCUGGGCGCGUGGUUCGGUGCCAUGAUCGGCGACUGGAUAAUGCGGAGAGGUCGCCGUUUGGCCUUACGCAUGACGUCCUUGCCCCUGGCGGCAGCCUGGGUCUUAACGGGCGUCGCGCCGUGUCUGGAGUUGGUGUACAUCACCAGUUUCAUCGGCGGGCUGUGCUGUUCGGUCAUCACCAUGGUGGGGCAGGUGUACAUAUCGGAAAUCUCGAUGCCGGGCAUCCGCGGGUGCUUGUCGGCGAUGUUGAAGGUGCUCGGUCACGUUGGUGUCUUGCUGUCGUACAUAGCCGGCACGUAUCUGAAUUGGCGGCAAAGCGCGCUACUAGUGGCCGUCGCGCCGUCGAUGCUCUUUUUGGGGACUCUCUUUAUACCCGAGACACCGUCGUACCUCGUGCUAAACGGCAAGGACGACGAGGCCGCAAACAGUUUGCAGUGGCUGCGCGGAGAACACGUCGAUAUAAGACCCGAGCUGCAGGUCAUCAAAACGAAUAUUCUGGCUUCGAGGGCUAAGCAGUACGAGCUGACUUUCAAGAACAGCAUGUUUACACCGAGGCUAUACAAACCCAUCGCUAUCACGUGCGGUCUGAUGUUCUUCCAGCGAUUCUCCGGCGCGAAUGCGUUUAAUUACUACGCGGUACUCAUCUUUCGUCAGACCCUGGGCGGAAUGAAUCCUCACGGGGCGACCAUAGCGAUCGGAUUUGUACAGCUGUUGGCCGCUUUGCUGUCAGGAUUCCUGAUCGACAUAGUCGGCAGACUGCCGCUUUUGAUAGCCAGUACAGUUUUCAUGUCGCUGGCGCUCGCCGGUUUCGGCAGCUACGCGUAUUACGUGUCGCAAACGCAAAAUCUGGGCUACGUGGACUCGGCGGUGGUGGGCCAGCACGACUGGAUACCGCUGCUCUGCGUCCUCGUGUUCACGACCGCUCUCGCCCUGGGCAUAUCGCCAAUUUCUUGGCUAUUGAUUGGCGAACUAUUUCCACUGGAGUACCGCGGCCUCGGCUCCAGCAUUAGCACGAGCUUCAGUUACUUUUGCGCGUUUUUCGGGAUCAAGCUCUUUAUGGACUUCCAGCAGAGCCUCGGUCUACACGGAGCCUUUUGGUUCUACGCCGCCGUGGCGGUCUGCGGACUGUGCUUCGUAGUCUGCUGCGUGCCCGAGACGAAGGGCAAGCAGCUGGACGAGAUGAAUCCGGAUUAUGCGCAAGCACGGUAGUAUAAGGCCUCGC